AUGCUGCGCACGUCCACUGCGCGGCUUCUUGCCUCGACCUCUCGGCGUGCGCCUAUGCGCCCCAUCUCCAGCACGGCGCCUGCGUUUAUUCGCAUCAAAAAGCCUGAAGGUGCUGCUCCCCCUGCUCCGUCGGCGACCCCAGCAACUCCCACUCCUCCCGCGACACCUUCGCCUGCUGAGAAGCCCGCCUCUGCCCCCGAGGACCUCGUUACCCCGCCUGCCCCCGAGCCUACCGCUGAGCCUGCCGUUGACGCGUCGGCCAAGCCUGCCGAGGUCGAGGAGGCGAUCCCGGACAAGCCGGACCUGUCGCAGCUCCCUUCGCUUGACAUUGACCCGGAGCUCCAGCCCGUGAUUGAGGAGCCCAAGGAGAAGGCCAAGGGCAAGACCGGUGGCAAGGGCAAGAAGGCUCCCCAGUACGAGUCGUCUAUUGACCGCCAGCGCCGUUUCAUGUCGCGUAUCGCCUACGGUACGCUCCUGGUCGGUGGACUUGGUGCCAUCUGGUACGUUGGCGAGCAGGAGAAGGAGAAGCAGGACGGCAGCGCUCUUGACCGCUUCAAGCGCAGCUUUGCCGAGCUCAGCGACUACUUCUCCAAGCCUGCGUUCACCAAGCUCCUGCCCGACCCCCUGCCUGCUCCUCACCAGCGCCCGUACACUCUCCUUGUGGACCUCGAGGACCUCCUCGUCCACUCCACCUGGGACCGUCAGCACGGCUGGCGUACGGCCAAGCGUCCUGGUGUGGACUACUUCCUCGGCUACUUGAGCCAGUUCUACGAGAUUGUCCUCUUCACCAGCCAGCCCGUCUACACUGCCCUCCCCGUCGCCGAGAAGCUUGACCCCUUCACCCUCUAUCUCCCUUACAAGCUCUUCCGCGAGUCGACCCGCUACAUUGACGGCAAGGUUGUCAAGGACCUCGAGUACCUCAACCGUGACCUCUCCAAGGUGGUCAUGCUCGACACCAACUCGGACCACUCGGCCCUCCAGCCCGACAACGCCAUUGUCAUCCAGCCAUGGGACGGUUCCCGCGGCGACAAGGGUCUCGUGGAGAUGAUCCCCUUCCUUGAGUCCAUUGGUAUCUUUGCCCCCGCCGAUGUCCGCCCCGUGCUCAAGCACUAUGCUGGCAAGGACAUUCCCCGCGAGUACGCCAAGAAGGAGGCCGAGGCAAAGGCCGAGGCCGUCGCGCAGUGGGAGAAGGCCCACCCCAACGCCGCAGCGGGUGCGGGUUCGGGCUUCCUCUCGGGCGUGUUUGGCGGUGGUGCUGCUUCGCGCCCCAAGCAGCCCAUGACCUACCUCGAGGUCAAGCGCCAGCAGGCGCAGCGCCAGUACGAGGAGGAGCAAAAGUACUACAAGGAGCACGCCGACGAGUUUGCGCGCAUGAUCGAGGAGGACAAGCAGCGCCAGAUGGCCGAGAUGAAGGGCUCGCUCAUGGGCAUGUUUGGCGGCCCUGGCCAGCCGGUCGCCCCCGAGCAGAUCGAGGCGGGCGCGGGCAAGGAGCAGCAGCCCAAGCAGUAA